AUGAUGGCACGGAUGGAGAAGGAGGACCACCAGCAGCAGCUGGGGGCGCUGGCGGCGCGGGCCGUCACCGACUCGCUGCGCGCGGCCGCGUCGCGCUCCUCCGCCGCCGACCGCGCCGCGCGCUUCCGGGACUGCGUCCGCAGCCUCGAGGCCGAGAAGGCCAAGAUGGAGGUCUUCCGACGGGAGCUCCCCAUCAGCGUCCACCUCGUCGCCGACGUCAUCGAGUGGCUCAAGGAGGAGCUCGCGCAGCACCGCAGCCAGCCACCGCCGCCGCCGCAGGACCUCUUCGCGCCUGCUGCCGAGGCGGCGGCGCCCGCUCCCCUUCAGCCGCCACCGGCGGCGGCGGGGGCAAAGGACGGAGCCGCCGUCAAGGCGGAGGACGAGGCGGACGCCAACGACAAGCGCAGCUGGAUGAGCUCCGCGCAGCUCUGGAGCUGCGGCAGCCACGACGACAGCACCGCCAACACCAAUGGCGUCGCCGCCGCGCACAGGCCGUCCGCGCACAACAAGGUGGUCACCGCGUUCAUGCCACUGGCCAGAUCAACCGACGACGCGGCGGGUAAGCACGGCGCCACGCCAGUCCCGGACCUGUCCCUCUCGUCCCUGCCGUCGGCCGCCGCCGCUCCGAGCGCCACCAGCAGCGCCGUCACGGACGCCGCCGGGGCGCAGCGCCAGCACCACCAGCAGCAGCAGGCGCAGGCGCAGCAGCAGAGGAAGGCCAGGAGGUGCUGGUCGCCCGAGCUGCACCGCCGGUUCGUCGCUGCCCUGCAGCGACUCGGCGGCACGCAAGUUGCGACGCCGAAGCAGAUCAGGGAGCUGAUGAAGGUGGACGGGCUCACCAACGACGAGGUCAAGAGCCACCUGCAGAAAUACAGGCUGCACACGCGGCGCGCGUCGUCGGACGGCGGCGGCGUUGGCGACCAGCACGUGGCGGCGGCCGCGGGCGGGCUGUGGCAGUCGGCGCCGGAGCAGCAGUACGCGACGUCGCAGCACAGCACGUCGCAGUCGCAGUCAGGGUCGCCGCAGGGGCCCCUGCAGCUGACGGUGUUGAGCAGGGCCAUGUCGGCCACCGCCGGGGACAGCUGCGACGGCGGCGACGAGGCCGAGGGCGGCGGCAGGUCGGAGAGCUACGGCUGGGAGAUGCAGGUGCAGCAGCCGCACGGGACAAAGGCAUCGUCGUCUUGA